CUGAUUACUUUCCACUUGGAGCCAGCAAUGCAAGCAACCAGGACUCCGACAAUUAGCGUCUGUGCAGACAACCUCAUCCCAGCCGGACUACGGUUAGGUCCGGCCCCGGCAAUCUUAAAACUGGGCAAGUAUAUGACUGAUCGCAAGGAGCCUGGAAUAAAGAAAAAGAUUCGAUUGCUGAGAGGCUACUUGGUGGAUGAAGACGGGAGCCCGGUUCUGGAAUGGAUAGGGUUAAUCCGUGCUGCUAGAAACAGCCAAGAACAGAAUCUAGAAGCCGUAGCAGACCUGCCCGGAGGACAGAUUUUUUACAGAGCUCUGCGAGAUAUACAACCCGGAGAAGAGUUAACUGUAUGGUAUUCAUUCUCACUAGCCCAAUGGUUUAACAUUCCCACAACGGCUACACCAACCCACGACGAAAAAGGUGAAGAACGCUAUAUCUGUUGGUACUGCUGGAGAAUAUUUAAAUAUCCCAAUACGUUGAAAUCUCAUAUCCACUUCCAGUGCGCUUUAAGCAACGGCGGAGGCUUCGUGAGCAACGAACAAGACAGGAACUCUGGCAAUUAUAACAGAUCUCCGAAAUCAGGAGACAUUUCUAACAUUGUUGCUCCACUAAGAAACGGCCAUAACCAGAACGCGACAGGUUCUGAACAUAUAAAAAGGACAGCGCCAUCGACUCCAUUUUUAAACAAAACGGGAAUAACGAAGAAACCAGCGGGGCCAGGGGAGCAGGACCGAGCAUUAGACAUGAGCGUCUGUUCUGCGAGAAACCACGCGCAGCUCGUUGGCCUGGGUGAGACUUCUUCAGUGCUUAACAAUAUGGGUUUCCAUCCUGGAGUACGAUCGGCUUUUAAACCGAUGGGGUUUUCAAAGCUCCAUUCGUCGGAAACAUCCAGAGGAGAUAACAAUGCAAAACAGAACGGACUUAGUUUUAGCAAACUUUUAGGAAACAUCAAGACAACGCAGACAACGAGUGAGUCGCUAGCAGUCGGCCACCCUUCCAAAUGCAGCCACCCCACCGAGUCCAUAUCACCAGCUUUGCCCUGCAGCAAUUCAAUUAAAGGCUUUCCAUUAUUUCCACACUUUGAGGAAACGUCUGCCUUUAAACACGUAGAAAGUCGUCUCCAGUCGGGGUUAUCCCCAUCUCGCUACUCGCAGAUUUCUUCUGGGUUACAUUUUGAGAGGUUUUCUAUCCCCCAGUUCGACGGGGUCAAGCCAUUCAGUGGAGAAAGUAACAUCCCUAUCGUGCCCUUUACUGUCUACAAUGGAGAACUCAUCUACAGUUCUCCCUAUUAUCCUCUGAAGUUCCACUUCAGCAAUCUGAUCAAGUAUCCAGAAUCGGUGUCAUACUUCGGUGCCCCAGCACUCAACCCAGACUUGAGCACCAUAACUAACAUUGACAGGGAGAUUGCCAUGCACACGCAACAGCUUUCUGAAAUUGCUGUUGAGAAGAACCGGACGAGAUUACAGUCAAUGUCCACCACAACUUCGGUUUCCGGCAAACCUAAAAAGGGGCACCUGUGUCUAUACUGUGGCAAACUCUACUCCCGCAAAUAUGGACUGAAGAUACAUAUGAGGACUCAUACGGGUUACAAACCUCUGAAGUGCAAAGUGUGUUUCAGGCCUUUUGGGGACCCGAGCAAUCUAAACAAGCACAUCCGCCUGCACGCGGAGGGCAACACCCCGUACAGGUGUGAGUUUUGUGGGAAAGUGUUGGUCCGCCGAAGAGAUCUGGAGAGGCAUGUUAAAUCGAGACAUCCGGGGCAAACUGUUAAAAAGACUGAUGAUAAAAUUGAAAGCAUUUUCCAGGACCAGGAGCAAAAGAGUGAGAACAGCAAUGACAGUGAUAUCGAUGUUUGUUUCACAGACGAUCAAAGUGACGACGAAACUGGCAAGGCUACCAAUCAAUAGAAAACUGUACAUUACAAAUGUAAAAAAAACCGUUACUGCUAGUUUUACUAUAGUGAGACUGUACAGUUAUUUAUAUGUCAUAUAUAGGAUUAUUUGUGUUUUUGAUGUGAGCGUCAUCGGGGAAUCGAACAGGCAUCAAUACAAGGGCACCUGCAACAAAGGCACAUGUUAUUUUUUGAUUGUAUUAUAUAUUUAUAAACCAUUAUUUUAUAAAAAUUGUAGUAU